ACGUCAAUUGCAGAUUGAAGUGGCACUGGCAAUGCUUGCUUGCUUGCUUACUUUCUGCUUUCGUUGCUUUGCUUGUACGCGCGUCAGUCAAUGGCCCGUUCAGUGAAAUAAUACAAACACAAUAACAUACGAACUAUAAGUCAAUAAACUCCAGCAUAAAGUUAAGGAACUGAAACCCAGCAAAACUGAUGCUUCGGAGAUAUGUGAAAGUGACAUUCGCGUAAAAUCGAAUCCUUUUUUUGUGAGAAUAACAAUGUUUCGCAUAGUUUCGAGUGCCGCCACAUGAGUAUUUACUAUGGGAUUCGUGUGUGAGACUUACGUCCACUAUGUUCGAAGCGGGCUAACCGUGGUAAACUUUAGUUCGUGAUCAACAGUUAGAAUGCAAGACGAGUGUACAGAACUGAAGAGGAACUUCGAGCGGAGGCCUACCAAAGUGUUAAAGAUAGCGGAGAGCUUCACGAACUUGGACGAGACUGCUAAGGCAGGCCGUUACGUGCGUGGCCCGAACUCGCGGGUGGGCAGGAAGUUUCAGGAAAAUGGGGUGCGAGGCAAACGCGCGUGUUGUGAUGAUAAUUGUGCGGAGUCAAGUGUUAGUGAUGGUGAGAAAGUAGGUGACCGCCAGGUGACCGGGUCCUCAUGUACAGCGCUGAGGACCGCCGUCGCCGCGCUCUACCCCUUCGACGACUUCAUCCUCGAGAAAAUCGGGACCGGGUUCUUCUCGGAAGUUUUUAAAGUGACACACAAAACGUCGGGCAAGGUGAUGGUCCUGAAGAUGAACCAGCAGCGCGCCAACCGGCCCAACAUGCUGCGGGAGGUGCAGCUCAUGAACAAACUGAAGCAUCCCAACAUACUGGGAUUCAUGGGCGUGUGCGUGCACGAGGGGCAGCUGCACGCGCUCACGGAGUACAUGGAGGGCGGCUCGCUGGAGCAGCUGAUCCUCAGCCGGCCGCCCGAGCCGCUGCCGCAGCCGCUGCGCAUAGCCCUGGCCGCCGACGUGGCCGAGGGCAUGAAGUACCUGCACUCCUUGGGGGUCUUCCAUAGAGAUCUUACUACUAAGAAUGUACUAUUGAGGAAGCGACCAGAUGGCGAGUACACCGCCAUUGUCGCGGAUUUCGGUUUGGCCGCCAAAAUUCCACAUUCUAUCAACGGCUACCGGCUGCCCAGCGUCGGCUCGCCGUGGUGGAUGUCGCCGGAGUGCCUGCGCGGGCGCUGGUACGACCACCGCUCCGACAUCUUCUCGUACGGCAUCAUCCUGUGCCAGCUCAUCGCGCGUGUCGACGCCGACCCCGACGUGCUGCCGCGCACGGACAACUUCGGCCUCAACUACAUGGCCUUCGUGGAGCUGUGCGACGAGGACACCGUGCCCGACUUCCUGCGCCUCGCCUUCCAUUGCUGCAUCUAUGAAGCCAAAGCGCGGCCGCUAUUCACGGAAAUAGUGAGCAAACUCGCCGAGGUGAAGGAGGGCCUCGACGACGCCGCGUGGGAGUGCCUCACGCCCAACAACUCCUACGACAGCGACUCGGCGGACUCGUCGGGCCCGCGCUCGUGCCCCGGGCCGGCGGCGUGGCGGCGCGCCGGGCGGCUGCGCUCCGAGGGCGGCGCGGGCUGCGCGGGGCGCGAGGCGCGCGCGGCGCACCGGCGCUCGCUGUCCGAGCUGGAGUGGGCGGGGCGCUGCGAGCGGCCGCCGCACCGCUCGGCCGGCGCGCUGGCCGCCCCGCCGCCCGCGCCGCCGCGCCUGGCGCGCUUGCAGCGCUUGGCGCACGUGAUGCUGCUGCGCGACACGCACGCCGCGCCCGCGCCCGCGCGCCGCGCGCUGCACUCGUUCCGCGGCGUGCACAAGAUCCUGGAGCCGGCCGUGGCGCGCAGCUCGUCGGGCGAGCCGCCGCCGCUGUCGCCCGCGCCGGCCGACGAGCCGCGCGCCGCGUCGCUGCCGCCGUCGCCGGCCAUGGCGCGGCGCGACGGCUCGCUGCGGCGGCGCGCGUCGUGCGAGAGCGGCAUCUUCAGCGUGGCGGCGGAGGAGGCGGCGGGCGCGCUGUGCCCGUGCUCGCUGCUGGGCUGCCACCGCUGCUGGUGGCGGCGCGGCGCGGGCGGGCGCGAGCGCUGCGUGCGCGCGUGCGGCGCGUGCCUGCGCGCCUACGACCGGCUGCUGCGGCGCCGCGUGCCCGCCGCGGCCGGCGCGCUGCUGUGCGAGGGAGGCACGGACGAGGCGCACGUGCUGGCGCGCUGCUGCUGCGCGGCGCGCGCGUGCCCGGCGGGCGGCAGCGGCAGCGUGUACACGGACAGCUCGGAGGACGGCGCGUCGCUGGGCUCGGACAGCCUGUACGACGAGCGGCCGCGCGCGCGCUCGGCGCAGAUCGCGCGCAUCGUGGAGUACUUCGAGCGGCGGCCGCGGCCCGGCGGCGAGCGCGCGCGCGACGACCCGUGCGGCGCGCGCCGCCUCAUCUGCGAGGGCGCCGUGCGCUCCAAGCUGCCGCUGUUCGACUCGCGCUCGUAGCGGCGCCGCCCGCCCGACUGAUCACAUACACACACACACAAGUGUUUAUGUGCAAUGGCGAUCUGUAUUUGUGUGACCAUCAGAUAAUAAGUCACCAAUCUUUGAUUUAUUGUUGUCUCUAUAAACUAAGCAAAGUGUCAGAGACUA